CUAGAAAUGCUAAAAUGAAUCACCAAACUAUUGUACGUUUUUAAAGAGUUCUUCAGUCAGAAAAAAAACCCUCCGAGGAUACAGCUUUCUAAUGUCCCUUGCAACCAUGCAGGUCUAUUUUGAAUAACGUUAAACAACACCAUCUGUCGGAAAACUAGCAACAGCGCAUGUGUUAGAUUAGUUUCUAUGGUAACGUUUGAGUUUCGAAAGGACGAAAAGCUUGUCCUGGAGUGACCAACGCUUUUACAAAUAAUUGUCGUUUGUUACAGUAAUUCGGGCCGUUUUGAGCAUGGACAUCGCUGGCUAUGAUAAUAAGGCAGCUCUGCAGCAGAUGAAUCAGUUUUGGUCGAUGUUAGAUGACAUGUCUCAGAAUAAUCGGGAGGAGUACAGGAGCUUCAUUGAACGGCAGUUACGGGAGGGAGCGGAGUUUCACUCCCCGCCGGAGCCGCACGCCUGCAUCCGGGCUCCUCUUCUGGGACCAAAAGCAGGAAUGCUGUACAUUAACAUGUGCGGUUGGAAACGUGUACCAGCACCCACAUCUUACAGCGAUCCUGUUCCUGUGUGUGGAGGACGAUUGCAGACAAUGACUGAGGAGAAAGAGCAAUACAGUGUCGUUGAUGUUGCCUUCAACCCUGAGGUUCUGCAGACGGCAGAGAAAGACAAACAUGAGAAAGAGAAGCUUCACCUACUUGCUCUGAACUUCAUCCAGCAGCAGCAUAAUCUGAAUCUGUCCCAGAGCUACAAACUCACCAAAGACAAAAUCAAAGGCAGAAUUCAGGAUUUGAAGCAGCGUCUCAUGUCACCACAAAUGUGCAAAUCUUCUGACAAAAACCCACAACCUGAACCGGCCCCUUCACUCCUACAGCAGAUCUCCUCAAUGCAGCUGGCUGAGAGUAAUGAGGACUCAAGCAUCCAGCUGAACAUAGAGCGGGAGAAUAAACCAGCGCGAUCCGGUCUCAUUGAGGUGAUCUCCAGCACAGAAUCAGACCAGUCACAGCCACAACAACCCCAGCAUCAUCUCACAGUCUGUCCUGAUGGAAGCAGCUUAUCUAGGAGCCUGCAGCUGAACGUUGAGCUUCCUGGGGUGAGAUCCGUGUCACAGUGCCAGCUCAGCAUCUCUCAGGAUGAUAUUCUUCUGGAAGUAGAAGACCUUUAUUAUCUUCAUCUGCGGUUUCCUGAGUCAGUCAAGGAGGAGACAUGCACUGCAACGUUUAAUAAGAAGAAACAAAUUCUAAAUGUUACAGUGGCUGUGUUAUGAGAAUAAUUAUUUAUCCAGAAACUGAGAAGGUAAACACUAUAGUUGUUCCAUGUUAUUGCUGUCAAAA